AUGAUGCUUUCCACCAAACAUCUCCUACGUUUCAAACUGCAACCCUUAAAGUGGGCCAAAGGCUACAGUUCUUGUACUUCAUUCACGCCUCUCAAUGAUAACUACAAAACCUUGAGGCACAUUCACUUCGAGGGGAUAACACCCUUUGAACGCGGCCAAACAAUACAAAACUCAUUUGUGGCAGCAAAUCUAGAUUUCAAAAAGUUGGAAGCGAAGAUCAAAAAGCUGCAAAGGGAACUCCUGGCCCAGAACUUCGUGGUUGCACCCGAGGAGCAAGACAUUCUCGACAAGAUCUUAAACAUGCGUCCAUAUCCCACGCUUCUCACCUUCCAGUUCGAGAAUGUAUACACUGGAGGGAAACAAAUGAAGCAAGAUCCGGAUCUCAACAACAAAAUCGAGUCAUAUGCCAAAUUGGGCUGUCAGUAUUACCAACUCGAAAGGGGUGGGCAAGUCACCUGGCAUGGGCCAGGACAAUUGACAGCAUAUCUAAUCUUAGACUUAAAGCAGUUCAAGAAUCUCACUGUCAGAUGCUAUGUUGACUCUGUGUUGCUUCGAUCGGUAAUGAAUGUGCUUAAGAAACAACACGGCAUUGAUUCUCACUUGAAUGAGAAUCCAGGUGUAUGGAUUGACUCUAAUAAUGAUAAAAUUGCUUCUGUUGGCUGCAAUAUACAGCGCGCAAUAACCUCAUACGGCGUCGGGGUGAAUGUCCACCCAGACCUAUCAUUCAUGAACACUAACGAGAUGUGCGGCUUACCUGAUGCCCAAGCGACUUCCAUAGAGAAAUUGACAGGCAAGAAGGUCGGCAUUGAGGAAGUCAGUGAUCAAUUAGCUCGCGAAUUGGCAGUCGCCCUCAAUAUGAAAGCCGUUGAGAAGAUGAGCGGUGCUGACAUGCCUUGA